AUGUCGUGCCAGCACAUCUGCCUGCUCGUUGUUGAACACCACCCUGCUCAUCGAAGUGCCCGUGAGCUUUUACGUCCCGUUGUGGCGCUUUCCAUGGCGCGCCGAACAUGUACACGUAGUCCAUCAAGAGUCUGGAUGGGCGACUUGUACAUGUACUUGAUUCAAGACCAUUGCCGCGCUGUCCUACGUGGUAUGCACCACCGCCUGCCAUUUCACCGCCCAAAGAACACGCCCCUCAAGCUCAAGGCCAAGUGUGAUACCUCUGCCUGGCAGUGUCCGCCAACACAUCACAGCAUUGGCCAGCCACUACUGGGGCCGAACUUCCCUUCGUUGAGGUUGCAAUUUUGCGCCAUGACCUUCGUGUGA